GAAUGUGCUGGUUUUAGUUUUAACUGUUCGAUCAGGACGCCAGCUCUCGCUGUUGCUGUUGCUGGUAGCCUCGUUGGCGAGGUGGGCAUACAUGGCUAGUGAACAGGCGGAGGGCAAAAUCUACGGGAGUGGGGAUAUGGAGUCAUUUGAAUCCCGCACAAAUGAACAGACGCCGCCGAUGGACUUCCAACAGACUCUGCUGAAAGUCGAGCAAUCUUUAAACCGGGAGGAUUUGCAGGCGUUGGUUUUUCUUUGCGCGGACCUCCUGGAAAAAGAUGCGCGCUCUAUCUCUAACGGGCGAGAUCUUUUCACUCAGUUGCAAGAACUUGAUCUUCUUACCCCAGAGGAGCCAUCCCUUCUCGCAGAGCUGCUUCGCAUGUCCAAACGCAACGGGCUGCUCCGGCAGCUGGGUCUCAGUGACCUUCCACCGAAAGGACUUGUUUCCCCCUAUAGAAAGCUGCUGUUCGAUUUGUCAGAGAACAUAACUGCAGAAGAUUUGAAGAGCAUCAAGUUCCUGCUGUACAACACUCUACCCCGGAAAAAACUGGACGAUGACAUAACCAUGCUAAGUCUGCUUCUGGAAAUGGAAAAGGAAGAUUUCUUGAGCAAAACAAACCUGGAAACACUAGAACACAUAAUUGGGCAAGUCCGCCCCAGCUUAAGAAAAAAGGUCAUCCAGUUUAAGGAAGAAAAUGGUCCAGUUAUCCAGGAGACAGGAAUUCCAUAUGCGAGUGCAAGACUGGCUCAGCCUGUGGAGUUUCCAUCCUAUAUUGGUGACCAGAUGCAGCCCAGUCAGGGUGCUUCUUCAUAUGAAAGACCUGCCAGCUUCGGAUGUGUUCAGGAGCAUGAAGAUCAGUACGGGCUUGGGGGAGAGGAGUUAGUGCCCCCCUCUCGCUUUUACAUCGCACAGCCACAGGGCGACAUAGCUCAGGAGGAACCCUGUGCUCUGCCCUCACACCUCUCCUCCAUUUUGCCUGCAUCUCUAGACACUCCGGAUGCCAGGAGGGAGGGGCUGUCGCUCAGUCAGUUUAGCAGCAGUGGGACAACUGGCUCCACUUUCUCCUCAGUGCAAAGCCACAAUGUUUCUUUCACCUCUUCAUGUGAGGAGAAGAACCUGAGUGCUGCAGAGCCUUAUCCUGGAAGAAGACAGGAAAUAGAGGCAUAUGCGAUGGAGGAGGACAGGUCAAGAGGAGUCUGCUUGAUUAUAAACAACUAUGACUUUUCACAAAGCAAAUUGAAAGACCGCGAGGGAACAGACGUAGAUGAGACGUGCUUGGUGGAAGUAUUUCAGUGGCUGGGCUUCGAGACGCGAACCAAACGAGACUGCGACCAGCAGCGCAUGCGCACGUUGCUGGCCCAGCUCAGCCAGGAGGACCACAGCCGCAGGGACUGCGUGGUCUGCUGCGUGCUGAGCCACGGCGAGCAGGGCGUGGUGUACGGGGUGGACGGGCGCGCGCUGUCACUCAGAGAGCUCACGGAGCCCUUCUCCGGCACCCGCUGCGCCACUCUGAGGGAGAAGCCCAAGCUGUUCUUCAUCCAGGCGUGCCAGGGUAGGAAGGAACAGCUGGCGGUGCCCGUCGAGUCCAACUGCCUCCGCUUCGCCCAGAUGGACCUCGCCACCGACGCGGCCGUGCCGCGGAACUCCAUCCCCGACGACGCCGACUUCCUGCUGGGCAUGGCCACCGUGCCAGAUUACGCCUCCUUCAGAAACAAGAAGGAGGGAACCUGGUUCAUCCAGUCUCUGUGCGAGAAUCUUGUGCAGCUGGUUCCCGGUGGGCACGACUUGCUCUCCAUCCUGACCAAGGUCAACCAUCACGUCAGCGGAAUGGCGGACGGAUCCGGCACCAGGAAACAGAUGCCCCAGCCCGCCUACUCCCUUCGGAAGAGGGUCGUCUUCCCAGUGCCACGGCAACCAGCACCCACACUAAAGCUGGGAACCACAGCAUGAGCCAGACCACACCACUAAAGGAGUACCAUGUGUCCCCAUAAACCACCCUUACACUAGUUAUUCCGUUCAGUAGCUUUAUAUUAUAAAUGUUUUAUCAUUGGAGUAUUUUUAUAUCUUUAUUUUAAAAUGAGAUGGAAAUAUUUUCUGAUAAAAAUGCUAUUUAAAGCAUUCUUAAUUAUGUAUUUUCUAAUUAGCAUUAUAAAAAUUUGAUUUAUAUUAUACUUCACAGAUUUAUAUUUAUACAUUUUAUAUUUGUGGAAUUAUGUCCUAGGGCCUCAUUUAUAGUUUCUAUUGUUCCACUGGGUUUUUAGCUUUACUUGUUGAUGAUUGUGUCUUGCUAUUGGAACAGGGCAAACAGAGCACUCUUAACCAAGGUAUAUGAUCAUAAAUGUGAUUAGAAUAUUCUUAACUGAACAUUAUAAUGCUGAUGUAACAAUCACUACUGGGGCCUUAUUUAUAAAACGGAUUUACGAUCAAUUUAGAUCUUAAGUAUGACUUCCGUAGAAAACCACAUAUAAGUAGUUAUUUAUAAAACCUUACUUCGACGUGGAAAUGAUCUUAUCUCUACGCAAAGUCUAGACUUGACGUAAGUGAUUUUCCUGCUGGUUAUAUAGGGGUAUUGCAUUUUGGGACGCAUACACGUCCAAGCCUGUGGUGAACUUUGCAUUAGCUUCAUGAACAAUUUGAUAGGAAUUAUCAAUUAAAGGUGUGAGGAAUUAAUUGCCAGACGCAUGGUGUUUUGAAUUAAAAACAGGAUGCGAUGUGCUAUAAAUAGUGUGUCAAAUUAGAAAAAAGUAACCAUGGCUGUUCUUGCAUUAUUGGAAGACAUUGAAAACCGUGCUUUUGGAAGGAGUUUUCAGAGACCGGAAUGACUUUUUUGCGCAUGAUCUUCCAAAAAGUUUGCUUUUCUCUUUUGGUCCAUGGUUAUUCCUGACUAAACCCUCAUUUGUGCUAGCAUUAUAAGGGGAAAUCACUGAUUGUAAGGCACGCUCAGAUGCCGUCAAUUUUAUUUUAAUUUGAGAUUUAUAGAUCACAGGUGCGCAAGUUACAAAUGGGCUUCUUGGAACCUGUGUAAGCAAGGUUUUUUAUGCUCAGUAUUUUUUAUGAAUCGAACGUAAGCAGACCGUCGGAAAUGAUCUUAAGACUAAGUUCAAGUAUAAAUCUAAGAACAUUUUUAUAAGUGAGGCCCCUGAAAUCAAUUAAGUCUUUUUAGAUUUAAUGAAUGUUCUGUCCAAUUAAUGUUAUUUCCACAAACACCCCACAGUGCCUCCCUACAGUAUCCUCUACUUUUACUCGGGUCAUACCUGAAAUGUGUAGCAAAACGUUGCAGUCCGAAGCCUGAAAUGUUUGUCCUUUAAAUUUGGACUCUUUGUUCUUCUGAAUGUGAACCUAUUCAGUGCCUGUUAUUUAUCCACUUAUGUGAUCAUUAAUAAAAAUGUCAUUAAUAAAAAUCUGUAUGUCGAGAUAAA